CACACUGCAGAUAAAAGCGGGUUGUUUGUCUGAGGGUGCCGCUGCGACUGCUCUCUUUCGUCCCACAAUGGCGGCUGCGACGCUCCGCUACGUACUCCGCCGCAAUAGCCUCCUGCCCCUGUUCGAAACCUGCCGCCUUCGAGAUCUCUUCUUCUUCUCCUCCUCCUCUGUCGACCCUGCCGCCGCUGUAGGCGUCACCAUAUCUCCAGAUCCCAACUUCAUGGUGGAAUACCUCGUGAACUCCUGUGGGUUCUCCCCCUCCAAGGCAGCCAUGUUCUCUAAACCCCUUGCGCACCUCCGAUCCACCGAGAAACCCGACGCCGUCCUUAACUUCAUGAGAUCUCAGGGCUUCGAUGGCGCCGCUAUUAGGAAGGUGAUAUCUAUGAAACCCAAUUACCUAUGCUACAACGUGGAGACGAACCUCGCCCCGAAGUUUCAGUUCUUACGCGAUUUGGGACUAUCGGAGUCGGACAUCGUCGAUGCCAUCGUGAAGAACCAUGGCAUCCUCCUCUUGAACGUUCAGCGUUCCAUCGUCCCCAAAUUGGAGAUGUGGGAAAGUCUCUUGGGAUCGAGAGAGCUCGUUCUCAAGAAUCUCAAGAGGACAAGACGGUUUUUCUUCUCCAGCGUUGAGAAGACAUUGCAUCCUAACCUAAAGUUCUUGAGGGAUGAGUGCGGCAUUCCUGAAGAAAGGGUCUCUGUCGUAUUGAGAAGUCACCCACAAUUAAUCUCAAAGAAACCAGAGUCUCUCCGAGCUUUGGUGGCGAGAGCCGAUGAGCUGGGGAUGCCACGACAAUCUCGGAUGUUCGUGCGGACACUUUUUGCUCUCCACAACGUAAGCCAAGAAAGGUUCGAGGCCAAGGUCGAGCUCAUGAGGAGCUUCGGGUGGUCGGAGUCGGAGUUUUCUUCUGCAGUCAGGAAAGCACCCACCUUCUUAUGCAUCUCCCUCGAUAUGUUGCGCAGAAAAGUGGAAUUUUUUAUCAAUGUGGUCGGUCACACCACUUCCUUCAUCGCCAACAAAUCAUAUCUCUUGCUAUUUUGUCUGCAGAAGAGGGUAAUUCCUCAGUUUCGUGUCACAGAGAUGUUGAAAUCGAAAGGAUUGUUGACUGGACAAGCCAAGUUUCCAUGCAUUCUCACAUUAUCAGAUACCAAAUUCACUGAGAAGUUUGUUCUCCCUCACAAAGAAAAUGUUCCUGAGCUGCUUGAUAUUUUGAGAGCUGCGGGCGUGUGUAAAGGAAAAUGAUACCUUUCAUUUGGUAUCGGAGGAUGAGAAAGGGCUUAGCUGAUGGUCUGAUUUGCCAACAACGAAGGGAAUCUGUGCAUGAGUUGUAGAAGUGAUAGAACUUCCAAGUUCAUCAAGAUUAUUGGGAAGAUAUAUACUAACGUCCCAAAUCUUUGAGGUGUGGAGAGUAACUACAAGGAGCAUCUCCAGAUAUAUACUCUUACAAACUAACAACUUCUUUGCAUACAAAUCUUCACUUGACAAACCACCCAUAAGAGAAUUCCCAACAGAGACUAGAGUUAUAUCGGAGUCACAUUCAAUCAAUUUUGGAUUGGUUGACAACUUGUCGUGACUAGCAUUGGAGAAUAAAGGAGGAGUCGAGUGAUGUGACUAACAUUCAAGGAUAAAGGAGAGCAUCUAUAAAGGUAUCAUAAUUCUAACAACUGUCGUUUGCUAUGCACGAGGAAUAAAAAUUACUGUAAUAAAUUAUUUAUAUCAAAAUUAUUGAUAAAGUGAUCUACAAAAUAUUUAUCUGAUUUUUUAUCUUUAUAAAAAUAUAAAGUUAUUCAUUUAUUUGAUCCAAAAAUAAUUUAUUGUUGCACCAAAUUUGAAUAAAAAACCAAUCAUAUAAUCCUUCAAAACUUGAUUUCUUUUGUUUAAAUUAAUAUGCCUUGAAUAGUAUUUAUGACUCGUAAAAAAUUUAUAAAAAAAAGCUCGACUGAAGUUGAUCAUGGAUUAUAUGAUAUUCAAUUAAAAUUGACUGUACACCAAUAUAGUAUAUCUGUAACAUAACAGCUGUUAAUUAUAGCAGACAACAUUUCAAUCGGGAGACAUCAAUCUAUACAUGCCAACUUCGUGUUUAUCCAUAAAUAUCCUAUCCUUUGUUUGAAAAUGCGCAUUUUGUUGUAUGUUCAUUAACAUGAUAUAAGUGCAUAAUUUUGCUUUGAUUACUUGUCUUAUUUAAAUUUAUGAAUUCUACUUUUCUAAAGAAUAAAGAUGGAACAACUGAUAUCAAAAUCCAAAUCACAUUAUACGCAUUGAUAAAGAUGAUGAUGAUCUUAUGA